GCUCAGGGGACGGUAUUAAAGGCCGGACGCUUCCGGUGGAGGGGAGCUGUGGCGGGGCUUGCUGGGAUCAUGGCGGAGAAUCACUGCGAGCUGCUGCCACCGGCCCCGAGCGGCCUCGGGGCGGGGCUGGGGGGCGGCCUGUGUCGCCGUUGCAGCGCGGGGCUCGGCGCCCUGGCCCAGCGCCCCGGUAGCGUGUCCAAGUGGGUCCGGCUCAACGUCGGCGGCACCUACUUCCUCACCACCCGGCAGACGCUGUGCCGGGACCCGAAAUCCUUCCUGUACCGCUUGUGCCAGGCCGACCCCGACCUGGACUCGGACAAGGAUGAAACAGGUGCCUAUCUAAUCGACAGAGACCCCACCUACUUCGGGCCCGUGCUGAACUACCUGAGACACGGGAAGCUGGUCAUCAACAAAGACCUUGCGGAAGAAGGAGUGUUGGAGGAAGCGGAAUUUUACAACAUCACCUCGUUAAUAAAACUGGUAAAGGACAAAAUUAGAGAACGAGACAGCAAAACGUCACAGGUGCCCGUGAAGCACGUGUACCGCGUGCUGCAGUGUCAGGAGGAGGAGCUCACGCAGAUGGUGUCCACCAUGUCUGAUGGCUGGAAGUUCGAGCAGCUCGUCAGCAUCGGCUCCUCCUACAACUACGGGAACGAAGACCAGGCGGAGUUCCUGUGUGUGGUUUCCAAGGAGCUGCACAACACGCCCUACGGCACGGCCAGCGAGCCCAGCGAGAAGGCCAAGAUUUUGCAAGAACGGGGCUCAAGGAUGUGAGGGACACAGUAUUGACAGCUGAAGAAAUGAACUACUUUUUCCAAGAUGCAAUGAACCGCCUUGUCCAGGAAGCUUGGCUGUGAGAAGAAACCUGCUUUUGAUCAUUUUCCUAGAGAUCUGGGUGUGAAUCCUUUUUUGCCUCUGAGGUGGGUGGUGAGAGACGGGCCCAGCUGUCCAAGGCCAGGCGUCCCCACGGGGAGGAGGCGCCGUGGCCAGUGGGCGCUGUCUCUGGGGGCCUCGUUCUGCUUUUUGCAAGUGCCACAUGAGACCGAGGCAGGAUGCUUCCGGGGAGCCCGUGUGGUCACUGGAGACCGUCUACAGGACAGUGUUCUUGGUGCUACAUGAACAGUCUGUAAAGGCAGCCUGGGCCCUCGUGCAGGGAGGUAGCUGCCGCGCUGUCAGCGGCAUGCGGGGCCUCCGGUCUGGGUGUCCUCUGGUCACCCGCUCAGUGCCAGGCCCUGGUCCUCAGCCUCCCAGGUGUGCUCGUGCGACGGUUUCUCAGCCUGGGCAGCAGCUCCUGACAGCGGUGGCGUCUGUGUUGGCACUGCUUCCCGGGCGUUGCUCCCGGGGUCCGGCCUCCUUGGGAACCAGGCCCUGCGCCUGGGCUGCUCGGCCGGCACGGUCACGGCCUCUCCAUCCAUUUGUAUUUUCCAGGCGAGAGAACUUUGUAUCCCUUUUUUCAAGCGUGGGUGGUCUCCCCAGUGUUUGUACUCUCCAGAAACGCCCACACGCGUUGCUCCGUGUGGACCGGCCUGUUAGACCCUCUGGGGGAGGUGGCAGCGCCGCCUGGGCCUCCCACCCGCGGGCUCGCGGGAGCUGGCGCCGUCAGUGCCUUGUAGCGCCCGGGACGGAGGCGAGGCCUGCCCGCCGGCUUCCGGAGCCGCGGCUCCGGUCGUGGGGACGGCUCGGGGUGUUCCGGCGCGUCGCAGACGUCUCUCGCCAGCCCUCUGUCUUCUCUGCGCAACUAUGCAGUCUUCUCUCCUUCUGGGAGGUUCGAGACUACACAGCCCGCACGGGCCGCCGCCUGGCCUGCCGGGGGCUGCCGGCCCGUAGCCGCCGCCGCACGCCUGGAGCACAGGCCCCCGCUGGCCGUGGGGACCAGUCUGGCCGGGGACCUGGCUGAACGAGCAAGCUCUCUGCGCCCGGGCCCCGGGGAGCCGCGCACGCUGACUGCCGGGGCCGCCCGCGUGUAGGUCACAGGUCCGCCAGUGUCUAGUGUCAAACGCUUCCGGAGACUUCCUGCCCGGGCCUCCUCCCUCUCCUUUGCCAAUAACCUGAUUAACCGAGUUCUCCAGCACCUAGGACUUACCUCCUCCUUUUGUAAGGUCUCUUGUGUGUUGUUAAAUGUCUGGCUUCAACAGUUCCCAGCAGCCUCUGCACAGGGCGGGGGAGGCCCCCGGCCGCCCUGUCCCCCCACGGGGGCGCAGCCUGUGGCCUAGGCCGCGCUCGCCGCUCCCCACGUUUGGUUUCUGACCUUGACGUGAUAGAUAGGCUUGUGGUUUUUUUAAUUUAAAGAUAUUAAGACUUAAUUCACUAAAAUUUAUUCUAAGGGGAUAUUUAUACUUUUAUACUUUUUUAGGUAUCCGUAUUUUAUCAGCUUACAGUUUAAUGCCUAAGUUUCCCCUGAAAAUAGCGAAUAAAAUUGUGUAUUUAAGAACGA